AUUUUUUUAAAUUUUUUGCAGAUAUACAGUUAAUACAACCGAAUAUUUCCCUAAAAACAUCACAAUUCGUAGUUUUCAAUGGUGUAUGCAAGUUCCACCACGUUGUUCAACUUUUUCUUAUCGUAUUAUCAACGAAUCAAGGAUAAUUGAAGAAGAACGAAUCCGCCAGGUGAGCGUCUGCUGCGACGGCUAUGAACCAGAUAUUGAAGGCGAAAAGUGCGCGCCGUCGUGCAAAUUGCGAUGCGCGAACGGCAAAUGCAACGAAGAGAACAAGUGUUAUUGCGAGCCCGGCUACAGAGGCGACUAUUGCGAGACAGCUUGUGAUUCAAACCGCUGGGGACGUUAUUGUCGUUAUCAUUGCGAAUGUCAACAAGGAGUAUGCGAUUCAAACACGGGUAGAUGUCGCUGUCCUCCAGGCUGGACUGGAUUAAGAUGUGAGAAACCAUGCCAACCGGGUUUGUACGGUGCGAAUUGUGAGAGUAUCUGUGAAUGCAACACUGAUCAAAUUUGUGACUCACAAGAUGGCCGCUGCACGAAUAAAGUUAAGGUGGCGGUGCUUAAGAAGUACCACACUUUCGACACGAAUACAACAACAAAGGCGCACGGUGCCAAAAAGAUUGAUAUGUAUCUCUUAACAACGCCAAACUCAUUAUCUCCUGCUGGCAUUGCGCUAAUUACAACCACAAUUAAAACCACUACAGCCGGUGGUAAAUUAAAUGUUGUAAAUUACACUGAUAACGUAUCAACGGCGCAGAUCGCCGCCGAAGUCAAAAUCAAGAGUAUGGAUCGGACAGUGAUGAAAUCCGAUGAGGAGAUUUCGCCGAAAGAAGCGAAAGCACACGCCGAGGUCAUCGCCAGCGCGGAGGACAAUCACCAAGUGUACAAUUUUGCUGCGAUCAGUUUUCUGGCCAUCGUUGCACUAGCAGCGUCCGGUUUCCUCAUCGCCGUGCGAUUAUUAAAGCAAAAAGGCGGCGAAAUCAACAAAUCACCGCAAGAAACGCAAACAAAAAGUAUUUUUCAUACGCCAUUACCUGAACCGCCACAAAGUCCUUUCUUUGAUUCUGCGCCUUGUGCGCUGUAUCAUCAACGUAUUGGUGAUAAUAACGUUGUUAUCAAUACAAGAUUAUCAUUUUCUUCGGUACAAACCACGCCAACCUUGGCUUAUAUUGACGAAUCAAACGAAUCCGAAGUUUUGGAUGCGUGCUAUGAUCAGUUACCGUCGACGCGCGGUACUUACAAGGCCACAACCGCCCCCGAACCACCCCCAGCGCCUGUAAUCACCAAUAAUCCACCGGAAAAUGAUGAGAAUUUAUAUGAUGAGAUCCCAUGCUGGACCAGAUCGACUGAUAACAAUGCACUGUAUAUUAAUACACGCAUCGAGAACAAAACUCAAUUUUAAUCAUUCAUUUGUAGCCGAUAUUUGUUGAUAAAUUAAUAAAUAAUUGUGACCUGAA